UCCAAUACUCAAGAUCGCAAGUACGGAGGACGCGUGAAACUUCCCGGAUGUGUUCUUGAUAUCGAGGACACACCGUCCCAUUUCUCAAAGGACGCAUUCUCUGCCCUCGCGGUCUCCUGAGUUCGUUCUUCCGAGGACACCUGGCAAGACCGCUCUCCACAAGAACGCAAGUCCAUUCUCUGCGUUCUUGGAAUUGAGAAACACCUUCAAGUUAAACAGGAAAAAAUAUUGGUCUUAUUCCAGCUGAUGUUGCUGUCGACUGAAAUGUCUCUGCAGGAGAGCAUUGUGGGUUUUAUUGGUGACUCAGUUGUUUUGGAAUGCUCUUCUGGACAACCUGAGCUCACAGUUCAAGACAUCACAGUGCGCUGGAGACACAAUAAUCUGAACGUGUACGACAUUAUUAAUGGACAAGUUUCAGUAGAGGGACAAAAUCAAGCAUAUAAGAACAGAGCUGAUACCUUCCCUGAUGAAUAUAAGAAUGGAAACUUCUCGCUCAAACUCAACAAUCUUCAACACAGUGAUAAAGGAAGUUACACGUGCUAUAUUAUAAAUGAAUCAAAAUAUAAGAGUGUCAAUCUUAUUGUCGAAGAAAAACAAAAGAAAACGAGCCACGGAACAAAACCAAGACCAGAUUUGACCUUAAUCAUUUUUGCUAUGUGUAUUGGAAUUUUUUUUCUUGUGACUAACUCAGCCACAGGUUUUUUUGUGCCGGUCCCGAGCCCGGGUAAAUGAGGAGGGGUUUAAGCAGAAUUUCCACUAAGUCAGAUGGUCGCUCUGCACAGGCAAGAACUGAGUGACUUCCUGAAAAACAUUUUCUUUCUGCGUCUGCCCAUCUUCGCCUACACACAAAAAGAACAACAUCUGCACCUCGUCUGCUGAUCUUUGAUGCAGCUGUUUUAUAUUAUGUGCAGCAGUCGUUUAAAAUAAUCCCACAGUGACGUAAGCACAUUUAGCACUCAGUUAUUCUUGGCAGGAUAGUCCUGUUAUGGGCCAAACUUAGACAGAGCAAGGGACAGCAGCUGCAAUUCAGCACGAUGGGGUAAUAGAACAAAACUCAAGAUCGUAAACAACUGUGAUUAAUGAUGAGCUAAUUUAAAUACUUAAAAUUUCAGAAAUGAUCUAGGAGGAGUCCAAACUAACAGGGUCUUGGCCUGAAGGCAUUUGCAAGUUAACAAUUAAAAUCAUAGCACCACCAGAUGGCCAACACAAUUAAUCAGUUGCAAAAAUGUUUAAAAGAAUUUCAAAAAUGUACUAUCUGACUGCAGAUUUGCAUAUGGAAGGUGAGAUAUGCAAGGCAUUUUAGAAUGAUCAUAUUUGGGGGUCAAUGUGGCCACUAAAAUAUUUUAAGUUGUUCUUAUUUACAGGAAUGCUGCAUUUUCUUUAAUCAUUGUUAAAAUGCUUGUUACACAAUAUUGUUAUCGUCUUGUCCUUGAUCAUUUUCAUUUAAAUUUUUUUUUUAAAAUGUCAUUCCUUUUUAGAAUAAAACUUGAAUGUGCUGCUC